UUUUGUUGUCAAGCAGCCGAGGAGGAGGACGAGGAGCAGCGGCAGCAGCAGCAGCCGCAGCCCUGACGGCUCAGGCUCCCCUCGGAUCGGAGGGCGAAAGGCCGGGGACAUCCCGGGCCGCCCAUGACGGCGCCUCGCGGCCCGGCCCCCGCCCGUCCGUCCGUCCGCCCGUCGGGGGAGCCGCCAUGGAGGGGAGCGCGGGAAGCGUGAUUGCUUAUAUCAGUUCUUCGAGCUCAGCCUCCAGCCCUGCUUCUUGUCAUAGUGAGAGUUCUGAGAGCAGUUUCCAGUCCUCCCCUUCUUCUGUUCCAUCUUCUCCAAAUAGCUCCGCUUCGGAUAACCCUGGAAGCGGGAGGAAUGGUGACCUGUCUCCUGCCGAAGGCACGCCGAAGAAUGACCGCGUAGAUGGUUCUGUUAAUAAAACAAGCAAAUCGAGUGCCGCUGGACUCUCCAAGGGUAACGGGGGAGUGACAAAAUUCAGUGGCAUGGUUCUGCUGUGUAAAGUCUGUGGGGAUGUGGCAUCAGGAUUCCACUAUGGCGUUCACGCUUGUGAAGGGUGCAAGGGUUUCUUUAGGAGAAGUAUUCAGCAAAAUAUCCAGUAUAAGAAGUGCCUGAAGAAUGAAAACUGUUCAAUAAUGAGAAUGAACAGGAACAGGUGUCAGCAGUGCCGCUUCAAAAAAUGUUUGUCUGUUGGAAUGUCAAGAGAUGCUGUUCGGUUUGGCCGCAUUCCUAAGCGGGAAAAGCAGAGGAUGCUAAUUGAAAUGCAAAGUGCCAUGAAGACCAUGAUGAACGGCCAAUUCAAUAGUCACCUACAGAAUGAUGCAUUGGUAGAACAUCCUGAGCAAGCAACCCUAACAGUCCAGGAACAGCUGCGACCCAAACCCCCACAAGAACAGGAAAACAUCAAAAGCUCUCCUCCUCCUCCUCCUCCUCCUCCACCUCCUUCUGAUUUUGCUAAGGAAGAAGUGAUUGGCAUGGUGACGAGAGCCCACAAGGACACCUUCAUGUAUAAUCAAGAGCAGCAAGAAAGCUCAGAGGAAGCUGUGCGCCCCCAAAGAGUGGAAAGGAUUCCAAAAAAUGCAGAGCAAUAUAAUUUGAAUAAUGACCAUUGUAGCAGUGGGUUCAGCGGCACCCAUUAUCCCAGUAGCGAGACUGAGCAGCAACUCAAUGGACAGUACAAAGGGAGGAACAUAACGCAUUAUCCAAGUGGGCAUACUGUUUGUUUUACAGACGAACAUUGUGUGAACUUCUCCAGUGGUUAUACUCAAAGAGUAUGCGAUAGAGGUCCAGUAGAUGGAUUUUCUCAGAAUGAGAACAAGAAUAGUUACCUGUGCAACACUGGAGGGAGAAUGCAUCUGGUUUGUCCAAUGAGUAAGUCUCCAUACGUGGAUCCCCAUAAGUCGGGGCAUGAAAUAUGGGAAGAAUUUUCAAUGAGCUUUACUCCUGCUGUCAAAGAAGUGGUGGAGUUUGCAAAACGCAUUCCAGGAUUCAGAGAUCUUUCCCAACAUGACCAGGUCAACCUUUUAAAGGCAGGGACAUUUGAGGUUUUAAUGGUACGGUUUGCAUCAUUGUUUGAUGCUAAAGAGCGAACUGUCACCUUCCUUAGUGGAAAGAAGUUCAGUGUGGACGAUUUACACUCAAUGGGAGCCGGAGAUCUGCUCAAUUCAAUGUUUGAAUUUAGUGAGAAACUAAAUGCCCUGCAACUUAGUGAUGAGGAAAUGAGUUUAUUUACAGCAGUGGUCCUGGUAUCUGCUGAUCGAUCUGGGAUAGAAAACGUCAAUUCUGUGGAGGCUUUGCAAGAAACCCUUAUUCGUGCAUUGAGAACUUUAAUAAUGAAAAACCAUCCAAAUGAAGCCUCUAUUUUUACAAAACUUCUUUUGAAAUUGCCCGAUCUGCGCUCUCUAAACAAUAUGCACUCCGAGGAGCUUUUGGCCUUUAAAGUUCAACCAUAGGCCCUUUGUUUAUUUACACAUAGACAUGACUCAUGCUAAGCUGCCCAUUUUAUGCUAAAGUGCUUAUUUUAUGUAUGCUUGUAUUGUGUGUGGAGGGACUUCUUAGAGACAUUAUAUUAUUGUUAGAUGCUUCUGGAACCAUGCAAUAACACUUUGGACUGAGGACCUUCUAGUCACUGCGCAAUGCAAUUUGCUGCAUUUUUCAUCAUAUAUACCAAAUGGCUGCCUCACACUUAAACCAGAGACGUUCCAUUGAGUUUAAAAUGAACAACACUGAAUGUUAGGCUUUUUCCUCAUCGGCCCAAAACUAAAAGCAUUUUUAUCUUCUUGUGUUAUAAAGAGAACACCCAAUUAGAAGUAUCUUUGGAUUUUGAAAUUAAUCCAGCCGUGUGGAAAUUCUAAAUAAUUCAGCUUUGAUUUCACCACAGGGCAGUGUCAGUUGAAGAGUGGAGCGUUGAAGUCGAUUGGGGUCAGGACCGCAGGGUUCUGUUACUGUUUCUGCUCACUGACAUGUCGGUUGACCUCAAGGCACUUCAUGAACUCUUCUAGGCCUCAGUUUCUUUGUAAAGUGAAUAACUCCACCCUCAGACCUAACUUGUAGGCUUGAGAAUUAAUUAGGUAACAUCUGAAAAAUAUUUUUAUCUCCUUGAAAUAAAAUAUGUAUAUACAUGGUGGUAUUAUUUUUGGUAUUCAGAAAUAGUUUGGGGAAAUUAUUUCAGUUCACACAGAUUCAUAUACAGCACAUGCAUAUGUGGGUAUAGCUUAUAAAUAUACACACAUUUUAAGUUUAUGAAUAUAUGAAAUAUAGAGUUUGCAUAUAUUUGUGUCUGAAUGAGAAUCAGUUCUACAUAAAAUAUAUGCAUAUUUCUUCACAAUAUUUUAGACUGUGAAGGAAUGUCUCUUAAGAGGGAUUUUGAAGGAGAUGCAUGAAAAUAAAUUAAGUGCACUGCCUAUGAUGAAUACUUUAACCAUCCUUUAAUGAUAUUUAGACAAUAUCAGAUUGGAUUUAUCCUCUGUUUUUGUUCAUUUAAAGAACAUAUAAUGCAAACAUGCACAAACCAAGUCCCAACAUGAAAAAACAAAUUUAGUCUGUCUUUGAGGAAAGAGACUUGUUCAAGUUACUAGCUAGAUUUAAUCAUUGUCUGGGAUUAUUAUAUGGUUGCUGAAACUAUUUAAAAGCUUCUGGCCACCAGAACUACUGCACUGCUAAAAAGAAGGUAGGCAGGAAGGCACUUUAAUACCUUCUGGAACUGAUCAAGGUUUUUAAAAAGUAUAUUUAAAUACAUUGAGUACAUAUUUUUUGUGUUCUGUGACUUUUCACACUACAGAGAUUUUCUGCUGUUUACUAAAUUAGAUUUAAAUAUGAAGUUAUGAAAAACCAAUCCAGUGUCUUAGCUUUACCUUAUUUCCAUUGUGUGCAUAUAUGAGCUGUAGGCUUAAAAUUGUGUAGGCAAUGAUGUUUCACUAAAAUCUUUAAUAAUGGGAUUUUAAAAAAGGGAUAAUUACCAAAAUUGAUUAUUUGCUCUCUUCUACUUUUCUUGCUCCACCCCUAAAAAAAUAACUAUUUAACGGUGGAAUUGGAGGCAAUUAUUUUGCGUUUCAUUCUGCAAAAUUGUGCUGAAGACUAAAGGAGUGCAGUUAGUUGUUAUGCCUGUUUAUCUUGUAAUGUGAGCAAAAUGCCUUAUUGUACAGAGUCUUGUGAAAGCAUUGCUGUUGAAACACGAAAUUCUGUGGCACUUACCUACAUCGAAAAAAUCAUGCCCUCUUUUAUGACAAAAGAGUUAAUAUGAUGGAGAUUUUGAUGUCGGAAUUAGGAUUGUGAUUUACCUUCCAUUAGAUAUGAGUCUCUUAGUUUUGGUGAUUUCACAUGGAAGAACUAUCUUUUUAAGAGCUUAUUAAAAAAGGGGAAAAUUUCUUAGUUUUAUCACCUUUGGUGAUGGUGGGGUUGAGACAGCUUUCUUUUGGGUGCUGUUGAAAGUAGAUGAAGUUGAUCCCCAACUUUUGCAUUUUGCCUAAGCCUCUUUAUGGUGUAUCUUUUGAAAAUAUUAAGCCUUUAGGAUUGUAUAACCAGUACUGUGUAUGUGCUGCCUAAUUAAAUUUUUAGUUAGGUUCAAUAUAUGUACAUCUAUAUUUAGGGGUAUGGAUAGAUAUUUUGUCUUGUGAAAUUUCAUUUGAAUAAAUUCUUCCUGAAUGUAAUGGGAGGAAAAAUUGCUACAAUAAUCUGAGGUAAGAUGCAACAUUUACAAUCAAAGCUGUUUUAAAAUGCUCCAUAUAUUGAAGCCUCUGAUUUUGAAAUUAUACCAGCAAUUUAUUACAAGCACAUUCUUUUACUGCGUCACUGGUUAUACACUUAUUAAAUGCUGAGCAAACCACCUUUCGAUGUCAGAAAUUUCUGAGUCAUUAGGACACUGCUGAAUGACUAAUAUAUUGAUGUACUGUAUUAAUCUUACUCUGGUUUUACAUUUUAAAGGUAAAAUGUGGGCAUUAUGUCAGCAAACUAAGGGCAUUAUGUCAGCAAACAAAAUUGUUUCUGUGCUUUUAAUACGUAGUCUGAAUGAAGGGGCACCUUCUGGAGAGAAACAGCAGAACGACAGGGAAAACGCUGUCUGCAUGAGAUGAAGCUUCUUAUGGGGAAAAUGGGUGGUUUUUGAAUAAGAGCAGGUAAUGUAAGUAGGUUGAGCAUUUAUCUAGCUUUCAAAUCCUCAUAUCUACAUUUCAAGAACUUAACAUUGUAACUUAAUAAGAUAUGAUUUAUUUUCUGUAAAGAUUGUUGCAGAGCAAGAUGUAGUGAACUCGGCUAGACUUAUAUCUGUGCACGGAAGUAAUUGCUUAUCUCUUGACUGUUCAGUUUCUUUUCCAGUAUCAAGUUUGCUGAAUGUAAAAGAAGAGUUUAUCACUUAGGAUAUAGACUUUGGUUUUUUUAGUCGGGGGGGGUGGGCGUAAUCUGGCAGUAGCGAAGUAUGAGGAGUCUGCCUUCAUCGGAUCUAAAACUUUAACUUGAAAUUGUUCUUGCAUUAAUAAAGAGAAACAAAUUAUCUUCAUAAUGGUGAUAAAAGUAUUACUGUAAACAGAAUAUAGGUACAAUUUAUUAAUGAAGAAUAAACUAAUUAGGGCACAGAUCAUCCCGUGCUCUGAACGGUCAUCUGUAAUCUGUACUUGGAGGACAAUAAAUAUUAUUUCUAACCAA